GAAUCCGAAGACAUCGAUGAGAAAGAGAUGCAAAUUCUGGCAAAACUCAAACAAACAGUGAAACCAUUGAUUGAAAGACAAGAAUCACAUAAAUCUGAUGCAAACAAUGAAAACAAUGUCCAACGACUAAGAAGUCAGAUAUCUAUUAAUGACACCAAUAAAUUGGUUGUCGGAGAGAAUGCCAAAGAAAGUGAUGGCAAACUGAUCCAAGAGGAACAGCCGGCGACCCCUACGGCUAAAAUGGAUGUGUUUAAGAAAUACUUUCAACUGAUUGGCUACCGAUGGAUAGGAACUAUACUAUUGGCGUAUAUCGUGGGAAAUGCGGCGUCAGUGGCGUCGGGACUGUGGCUCAGCCAAUGGUCUUCGGACGCUAUCGAUCACAAAAUGUCUGACCAGAACUGGUGGCGUAACCAUAGACUGGCUUUGUUUGUGUUGUUUGGCUUAAUUGAGAUACUGUUCGUUAUUGGCGCUCAACUGGCUAUUAGUAUGGGAUGUAUUUCCGCAGCCAAACAAUUGCAUCGACUUAUGAUUGAGCGUAUGAUGAGAGCGACCAUCAGUUACUUCGAUACAACACCAAUGGGUCGAACACUCAAUCUCUUUGCUGAAGACAUGGAACUGAUUGACGGAGAAAUCCUGUUUGACUUCAGACUAACAUUUAUGAAAUUCUUCCAAAUAAUCGUAUCGUUGGCUAUGAUAUCACUGGAAACACCACUAAUACUGCUGGCAGUCCUACCGAUACUUGUGGUGUACGUGUGGUGUCAGCGGCUAUACAUAGCAGGUCUACGACAGAUCCGACACCUGGACACCGGUGCCCGAACCCGCACUAUAAGCCACUUCGCCGAGACAUAUAACGGGACAGCAGUUAUCCGUGCCUUCGGUGCCGACCGUGACUUCCGCCGUGAGUCUCACCGCCGUCUGGACGCACAAAACAGGUGUCAAUACCCGUUACUGGUGUCCGAGCGUUGGCUCGCCGUACGGCUCGAGUUCUUGGGCUAUAGUAUAGUGUUAUUGUCGGCGGUGUUUGCCGUGGCGUUCAGGCAUACGGUGGGCGCUGGUGUGUCCGCUCUGGCCAUCUCUUAUGCCGUGAACAUCACUCUUAUUAUGGGACGGUUUGUGUUGGGAGUGACCGACACUGAAACCGAUAUCAUGGCUGUCGAGCGGUGUCUAGCGUUUACCCAAAUACCAGUUGAGGCCGAGUGGUAUAAUGAGAAGACUAAACCCGCGGACAACUGGCCGACAAUGGGUUGCAUUUCAUUCACAGACUAUUGCACUAAAUAUAGAGAA